AUGUCCAGAAGAAAGAUUCAUGAAGAUCUAACUGACCUAUCAGAUGGAGUCUUCUUUAAAAGAUCCUUGGAACGGUUUCAGCAACUGGUUGACAAAACAGUGGCUUGGAAAAGGGAGGAAAGAUUAGGUCUGCGUGUAAAGGAUUCUGAAGAAAUGGAUUAUGACAAAUUCUUUGAUGCAGUAAAGAGCCUUUUUGGUCCAGAUGUGAAAGCUCAAGAUAUUAAAACUUUCUAUAGGAAGAUUAGCAACAACCCAGAUGGGCGGACAGAAUGGUGUGAGAUCUUUGGAUACUACAUAGUGGAAGGUGAUAUUCUCGCUGCCCAGCUUGAUGAAGAAAAUAUGGUUUUCCUGGUAUCCAAAAAGCAACGGAUUGCAAAAGCAGGAGUCAAGAGAAGUGAUGUAAUACGAUGCAUGGUAAAGAUAUCUCAACUUGAUUUUUUGCUGACAGCAUCUCAGAAAGGAAUGAUGUCUAUUUUUUCUGGCCAGAUGCGAAUACUAGCAAGCACCAGCAUCCCAGACAGUUCCUGGAUCACUGGAUGUGACUACCUUGGUCAGCUGAAGCGUGCUGUUGGUGUGACAGAAAGAACUAUCAUCAUAUGGGAUUAUAAAACACAAGGGAGUGCCCUGGAUAACUGCUGUAUAAUCAAACCCAUGGAACAUUGUCUCCUCUCUGUUUCUGCCAUUCCUCACCCAUCAGAACUUCUAGUGAAGGAUGACAUCUUGCUGGGGGAUGAUGGUGGAUUUGUUACUUUGUUUACACUUACCAGUGACGAUUUUGGUCUAAAACAAACUAAAUCUAAAAAGAAGCUGCACAUGUUGAUAGUAGAUUCUAAGAAAUUCAAAAGCAUUAAACGUAAACUGCAUGAUGACUGGGUUAUAAAAGUAAAAUACAUUCAAGCUUUGAAUUGUUUUGGAUCCUGUUCAUUGGAUAGCAUUCAUUCGUUGGUUUUGGAUGACCUGAAAAGACUUGAAGACAAUUUACCCGUCAGGGAAUUUUCGAUACCGAGGGGUGUUAAUACUUUCACGUAUUGUGUAAAAGCCAAUAUCGUUGUUACAGGAGGACAAGAUAAAAUUCUUCGCUUAUGGCAUCCAAAUAUCAACACCAAACCAGUGGGGAAAUUGAUGGGACAUUUAUUUAGUAUCACAGAGAUUGUCACCAAUGAAAAGGAUCAACACAUUAUCAGUCUUUCUACUGCAAAGAUAUUCAGGGUGUGGGAUAUCCAGACGCUUUCAUUGAUGCAAGUGUUCCAUGACUCUCAAGGGAUACUCAGAGAGUCACAAAUUUUUGCUUUGGUAUUUGAUAAUAUCCAUGGAACACUUAUUGCAGGAUCGUCAGUCAUCGAUAUUUAUCCUCUCACUCGGAUGAUACAAGACACUAAACAAAUCCCCCAGACCCAUGAAAGGAGUAUCAAUGUGCUGGUUUACAAUAAAGCUUUUCACCAAGUUCUAAGUAUCUGUUCUGAGUCUAUUGUAAAGGUCUGGGAAUUGGAAACAGGACAGCUAAUAUACCAGAUUGAAGAUGCUCAUGGGCCAGGGGUUGAGCUGACAUGUGCAGCAGUUGAUAAAAAUGGAUUUCAUCUUGCUACUGGAGCAUGUGAUGGGACUGUGAAACUAUGGGAUUUUGGAAGUGGGCAGAUACUUAAAAUUUUGCCCUUAGGCAAGGAAAUCACAGUCAAUGAACAUUGGCUGAUGCAGAUGGUCUACCUGAAAGCCAGUGAGAGUAAGCAUGUGAUCCUGGUCCUGGAGUACAGUGGGUUGAUCAAAAUUGUUCAGGCUAAUCAAGGUGAAGCUUACAUGUCCAUAACUUGGGAACUUCCUGAAGCUGUGUCAUUUGCUUUACAAGGCUAUCCACUCAUCUCCCUAAAACUGUCUCCCAAUGUCAAAAAAAAUAAUGGGUUUUUCCCAGACGUUCAACUACUGCUUGAUACAGAUAUCACAAACACAAAUGUAGAGCUACCUCCUAGGAUUGAAGUGAAGUGCUUUGAUUUGUUAAAAGUAGAUGGUUACAGUUUGUUAGCUACUGCAAGUGCAAAUGGUUCUAUCAUCAUGUGGGAUUUUGAAACUGCCACAGCCAGGCACAUGUUCAAAGUUCAGCUCGCUAUUCACUCAGGUAGACCUGAAUUACUUAAAAUCAACGGAUUAUUAUUCCUGUAUCGAGAUAUUAUGUCUGAGAGGCAAACAAGUGAAUGUUCCUCCUACUCAGAAGCACAGGGCGAAGAUAUUCCUACACAGGAAGCAGAAGAGAAUGCUUCAGUGUUAAAGCUGAAUAGCGUUAUAAGAGACUCUACUGGUACAAUUCUUUCAGAAACAAAGCUUCCAGAUUCUUCCACAAGCAAAGGAGCAAUAUCCAAUCUAUUAGCAGUUGAAAGACAUGGUUAUCAUUCUAUACCCAUACUUGCCUCAGCACAUGAAGAUGGCUUCAUUUAUCUAUGGAGCAUUACAGGAGAACUACUGAAAGAAAUUUUGCCUUACACAAAGCAUCCUCCAAUUCCUUUGACGGCACUUUGUGCUGAUGGGGCUGCCAAAAUGCUUUUUGCUGCUAAUAAAGAGGGAAAUGUUAUUCGAUGGAAUAUUGGCUCAUUCCUGGAAAAUCAAAAAGAGACAAGCAGGCAUGUAAAGCAACAAAUCUGUUGGCGGGCUCAUUCUGCUAAAAUAGUCAGCCUGUUUUGUGAUGAUGAAAAAUGCCUAGUAGUGACUGCAUCCACGGAUGGUUCUGUCAGACUUUGGCAUUCAAUUCGUGGAGUCUACUUUGGCUAUUUUGGACAGCGCAGAGCAUUUGAAAUUACUGAAUCCUCCGAUAUAAUUUUGCCCUGUGAUGUAAAUGAAAUUCCAUUCACAAUAAAAGAAGAAUCCAAGUUUAUGGAUAAAAAGCAGAAGUUUGAAUACCCUCUGUUUUUUGAUAGGGAAAGAUGGAAGACUAUGACCAAAUCAUCUUUAACCUUGAAAAAACCUAGCCGACAUGAAGUUGAACUGGAUUUUAAGUUUUUCAAGUCCCUGGCUUCUCCCAAGGUCAAUAAAACCCCUUUGGAAAGUUUCAAAUCUGGAAACAAAGAAGCUGGUAUUGUAUUUGGAGCUAUACCAAUCUAUAGGGUGAGUUCAAAGUAAACUGCUUAAAUGGAAGCUUCAUAAAGACAAGAACAUUAAAAUUAAGCUAUUAUGAAAGUUAUUCCCUGUGAAUUUGCCAGUAUUUAUUUAUAAAGUAUUUGUAAAGUACUUGGUAACAUUUUCUUGAACUAUUAAUAGUGUUGACCUAAUGUUUGUCCUUCCUAAUAUAGAAUGAAAGGUUUUAUCAGGUGAGAUUCAAAUCACCGAUCAUCAUUAAUAAGAUCUAACUUUGUAUAAGACAUUGCAUAUUUGGAUGGACAAUAAAUAUCUAUACUGUAUACUGUAACUCCCAUAAUGAUUGUCUUUACCAAUUCAUCUGAAUUAAAUUUAUAGCAUAACCAUGAAUAUCUUUUCUCAGAAGUAAGUUUCACUCCGUGGAAUAUACAUAUAUAACCAGAAGUUCCACUGAAUUCUGAGAAGACUUGUGAAAUACUAUGAUGUGAAAGGCAGAUUUCUUUGAAACGAAACCAAUUUUACAUCUUAAUUUAAGCCAUGUCAUGUUAUUGCUUUCUGUUCUUUCUUCCCUUUUGGAGCGCUUUUUCGGGAGACUUGAUUGUCCUAUGAUAAGAAGGUGAAUUUUUAAAAAAGAAAAGCCAUGAUAUUUACUUUUGGGAGGAAGUCAGUAACUUUCCAGUUGAAAACUUUAAUAUGGAUAUUGGUUUGAGUCCAGAAUAGCUCUUUUGCAAUUCUGGAAAAGAAUUUUUUUUCUCUGCUCCUAUCUCCUGCAAAAUUAUAGAACUCCAGAACAAAUUUUCAGGGAGUAGAACAUGGAAGUAGGUUGGAGACCAUUAACUAUAUCCCAUUCUGAAAAUGGAAGCAUUCCAGGAAAAAAAUGCUUACAGUAUUGUUCACAUCAAAUGUGAUAAAUGCAGCAAUUACUGAAAUAUUAUAUGUGAAAUACCUCCUUGUUUCUCACUGGAACUACAGUAUCAUUAGUCCAAUCUCCUCAGUCACCUCUAUGUACAAAAUUAUCAAGAAACUGAUAAAUCUCUGGGUAACUUAAGACACUUUACAGUUUUCCAUUUUCCAUUUCCAAAUUAUUAACGAAAGAAAUCUUAUGUCAUGCUUUUUUGUGGUCUUUGGUUAAGCUACUGGUUAAAUAGGAUUUUAACACAUAAAGAGAAUCAUGUUAUUAGUAAUGGGGGUAACUGGCUUGAAUUAAUAAUUUAUAGAACAGUGAAGAGCAACAUAUUUUAUAUGCAGGGCUGCAUUGGCCUGGAUUUGGAUCAGGGGAAUGGUGUUUUAACUUUCAAACAUGAAACCUUCCAGUCUAACUCCUCCCACCUUGAAAUAUAUUUAAAAAUUGACUCAAACCUUCAUCUACUAUUCUGUUCGACAGCUGAUUACCUUUGCAGGAAACAGAAUCAGUGAAUGAUGGAAAGUCCCACAGCUUUCUUAGUGGAUAGUUGGCUAAUAUUUGCUUGAAGAAGGAAGAAUGUCUGUAAGAGUACACUAGCAGC